UAUUCAGUUGCAUAUAUAUUUCCUUUCUCGUCGACAUUGAAUACAGCAUCAAAUCAGAUACAUUCGAAUUGGAACACCAGAUCCCUCGUCAACAUCAUGGAAUUAAAGAACAUCGCCAUCCUCGGGCCUCGAGGCAAUGUUGGAAGCGGAGUAAUCACCGAACUUCUCAAAAAAUCCAAUAAUUUCAGCAUCACGGCCAUCUCGCGACCAAGUUCCACCUACGAGGCUCCGCCCAAUUCCGACGUCACCACUAAAUCAGUCGACUACGCUUCCUUCGACUCCUUGCGCGACGCCUUCGCCGGCCAAGAUGCAAUCGUCAACUGCAUCACAGGCGGCGCCACGCAAUACGAACCAUCCAAACUUAUCAUCGACGCCGCCAUAGCCGCCGGCGUCCCAUUUUACUUUGCCAACGAAUUUGUUGGUAACAUCAAAACCGAGCAAUUUAUACGCCUACCCGAGUCCCGCGCAGGCGCAAAAGCGCGGAUCCGCACCUACUUGGAGGAGCUCGGGCAGCAAGGCAAGCUGCAGUGGACGGCGCUGAACGGGGGUCCGUUUUUCGACAUGUGGCUCAUGAAGGGACCCGCUGGCUUCGACGUGGUGAACCGACAGGCCAGGAUAUACGGCACGGGCGAGCAUCCGCUUUACUGGACCCCUCUUUCGACAAUUGCCCGUACUGUUGCGAAUAUGCUGGCGAAUCCCGCGCCGUUCGUCAACCACCCAGUCUACAUUUGCCCGUUCAAAGGGUUGACGCAGAAUAAGUUGCUCGAGACACUUGAGACUGUUCUUGGUGCCAAGUUUGAGACUACCGCUGUGGACGUAGCUCUGAUGAAUAAGAACGCGAAGAUUGCGAUGGAACGGGGAGAUUUUGUGAGGGCGAUGAGGGGUUUUACUUUCAGCAAUCAGUUCUACGAAGGGGAUAGUGGCAAUGAUUUGAGCGCGCUACUAGAGAACGAGGCUGUGGGUGUGGAGAUUAUUAGUAUUGAGGAUGGUGUAAGGGAGGCCAUCGAGAGGUGGGGAAAAGACACCCCGGUUGUGGAAGGGAUGUAUAGGAUAAACCCUGAAGACAUCUUGGAGGAGUAGAAAAGAUGUCAGGGUGAUUGUGGAACUAUGGAAUACGAUGUGCUGGGUCCGGUGAAGGAGGUUGUGGCGUUGUGGCAUGCCUUCACCGGAUGUAUGGACUAGGAGUUCUCUCGUAGGGCAUGUAUACAGAAUUCAUGCAUAUCUAAUUAGUACAAUAUACAAGAGUGGAUUGUGUAGUGACCGUGGUAACUGUUCUUGGGACUUGAAGCGAAGGUUUAUUUUAGUAGUGACAUCGUCGAUAUUCAGGCUGGGGCGAAAACGAGCAAGUCGACAAUGGGAUACAACACUGACUAACACCUGAGAUACCAAAUCCCCAGGUGCUAGUAUUAUCCUUCCAGAAUAUGAAAUUGCAAAGUGCAGUCGAUGCAAUCGUGAUUGGACGCCAAUUUCCAUUUUCUUAUACAGACAAGGGGACAUCCAGUAGCGUGUGCCCU